AUGGAUCAAAGCCUUGAUGAGAUUAGUGGUGAUCGCCAGCAGAGAAAUGGUGGAAAUCGAGGCCGACAAGGCCGCAGAAACAAUCGCAAUGACUACCCUCGUGACGGUGUAAGAAAGCCAUAUCAAGGAGAUGAUUCUAGAAACAUAGACUCCGAAUGGGUUCAUGACAAAUACGAUGAUCGAAACGCCCGUUCUUCGAAUCGUCCGGAAAGACGCAACUACGAAGAAGACAGACCAGUAAACAGCGGAAAGGUUAGGGUCGAGAAUGUACACUACGAUUUGACGGAAGAAGAGUUGGAGGGUCUUUUUGAACGCAUUGGUCGUGUUUCAUUCUUGAAGCUCGAUUACGACCGAGCUGGACGUUCGAAUGGAGUCGCUCAUGUAACUUAUGAGGACCCAAGAGAUGCGCAGAGAGCCAUUGAGGAGUUUGAUGGGGCAAAUGCCAAUGGUCAACCAAUUCGUUUGAGGUCCGUUCCGGACGGUCCAUCCAGAGGCCGUGGAGGUAGAAAUCAAUACGAACCAUCGAGAUCAGGUCGUUCCCUGGCCGACCGCAUGACUCUACCUCGUUCUCGUUCUUUAUCCCCUCCAAUCAGGCAUUCUGAUGUCAGCAAGCCACCACCUGAGAAUGUUGAUCGAUAUGUUCCGGGCGACCGAGGAGACCGACCAGACAGGAGGAGACGUUCGCGCAGUCCUUUGCCACGCCGAGGAAGAGAUGGUCGCAGACCUGGUGCAAGGAGAGAAAGAGGAGAUCGUAAUGCCGGUCGUGGAGGAGAAAGGCCUGCAAGAGAGAGCAGACCAAAGAAAACACAAGAAGAACUCGAUGCCGAAAUGGAUGAUUACUUUGGAAAUGGAUCCAAACAGGAAGAGAAUGUCAACGACACUUCGAAUGAAGCUCCAGUUGCAGCUCCAGAGCAUAAUCAAACUGGGGAUGAUAUUGAAAUGGUUGAGUAG